AGAAUCUGAGCAGUUUAUUUACAUACAGAGUAUUAUGUUGCAAUUGUAUGAAGUCUUUGAAGUUCAAAAUAAAGUGACAACAUUAGUAUAGUUUUGACUCUCCAGUUAGUUACGUGGGGUUCUUGAUUUUGAUUGCCACUCAAGCGGAAUGAUCUGGCUAGUACUGGCCUUCCUAGGAUCGGUGGCGUCGUUCUGGCUACGGUGGCGGUACAAGAACCGCAAACUGCUGGCCAUGGCGAAGAAGAUUCCUGGCCCCCCGACCCUGCCCUGGUUGGGGAACGCCGUCAUGUUCAUGUGCGAUGGUGAAACGCAAGUGGUGAUAAUUAAGGAUCUCAUAAGACUGUACGGAGACUUCCUCAGGUUUUGGCUGGGACCUGACCUGUGUGUGAUCCUGACUGACCCCGAUGACCUCAAGGCCUUACUCACCAACUCAAAAAUCAGUAUAAAAGGUCCUCAGUAUAAGUAUAUGUAUGAGGUGCUCGGGGGAGGGAUUCUAAGUGGAUCAGGUCCAACAUGGCGGAAACACCGCAAGAUAGCGACCCCUAAUUACGGCAAGCGAGCUAUAGAAGGUUACGAGAUUACAUUCAACAAGGAGGUGGACAUCCUGAUGAAGAAGUUCCGUUCCUGUCCAGGACGGACCUUCGACGUCUACCCUUAUAUUGUACAGUGUACCAGUUACUCUGUCUGCCAAACGCUUAUGGGAUUAACAAAGGAGCAGACGAUGUGUUUACCAUAUUUACAAAGCAUUAUAGAUAAGUCGCCCAGAAUGUACGACAUAGUUUACGGAAGGAUGACGAAAUGGUACUUCCAAAUCGAUCCAGUCUUUUGGUUGUCCGGGAACAAUAAGGAAUUGCAGGACUUCAUACACAUGCUGACGGAAUUCUCAAAAGUCAUCGUAAAACAUCGCAGAGAGAAACUGAAAACUGCAGGUCACACUGAACAGCUGAUGAAUAGUGAGGAGGACGAGUCGAUAAACACGACUUUAAGUGUUAUCGAUAGAUUUAUUCUAUCGCAGGAGCUGAACGACUAUGAACUAUUUAAGGAGACCUUUACAAUUUUUACUUCAAGUCAAGAGGCGUCUGCGAAAAUAGCUUCUUACGUUAUUUUGAUGAUGGCGUAUCAUCCCGAUUGUCAGGAGAAAUUAUACAAGGAAAUAAAGCAAGUUAUAGGAGACGCCGACCGACCAGUGACAGGCGAAGAUUUGAAGAAUAUGCCGUACUUGGAGAUGGUCUUUAAGGAAACCAUCAGGCUGUUCCCUAUUGGAGCCCUCUUGCAGAGGACUGUGGCACAAGAUACCGUCAUAAAAUCCGGCGUGUUACCAGGCGGUUGUUCGCUGGUUGUCCCGAUCUACCACCUCCACCGGGACCCCCGCUACUGGGAGAACCCUGAGGACUUUGACCCCGAGAGGUUCAACCCGGAGAACACUAAGCUACGUCACCCUAACUGCUAUUUACCAUUCAGUUUGGGUCCGAUGGACUGUUUAGGUCGAUACUUCGGGACCAAGCUAAUAAAAACCAUAUGCACUCGGGUGCUCCGGGAAUUUGAAGUGUCCUCUCCCCAGACCUACCAGGACCUGAAGGUAGCCAUCUGCAUAUCAGUGGUCUCCCUCAACGGUUACCCGGUUAUUUUCAAAAAGAGACAAAUGGUUUAAAAAGAAAUGGGGAAGGAAGGUUUGUGGUUGAAUUAGAUACUUCUUGGUUGCAUUGAAAAUAAAAAAUAAUAAUGUCAUUUAUGAAGAAAUGUAUUAGCGAACACAAAGAACCUCAUAAAAAGAAAUUAAGUUACCGCCUAGUAACAAUUUAAACAUAGAUAUAUCUGCAUAUAGUACCUAGUUACAAAUAAACCUUUAGCUUUAAAUAAGUAUUUAUUGUACUUUUUUAUCCUGUAUAUUGUGGUGACAAAGAAUAAAUUAAUA